AUAAAAUCAAAAUGCGAGUUAAUCAAAAUCAAUUUACAAUAAAAAAUAGAGAAACUCAAUAAAAAUAAGAUUUAAAAAUUGAGCCUUAAUUAAAUGAAAAUAAUGUCUAUAGUAAAGAUAUUCUACCAAAAUAUGAAACAAAUGCUAUUGAUCAUGAUAUCUGUUUUAUGUCGCUAAAUAAACUAUUAAUGAUUACAAAGAUUAUGCAAUAGCAAAAAAAGUAAAUAGAAAAUGAAGAUAUAAAAGAAUUUAUAACUAAAUCUACUUAAAUUUAAUUUACAAUUGAAUAAUUAGAGCAAUAUAAAAAAAAUAAUCCAUUAAAAUUUUAAAAAUCAAAUAAAUUUAAAUUGAUGCCAGUCUACUUUCAUAUGACUUAUAAAUACCUAUUAAUUGGUCUCUUUUUUAGCAUCAUACAGUUCUUUUUAGAAUGCAGCUGCGUUUACAUGCUAGAUUUAAUCACUGAUAAGCUUAAAUUAUAUUAAGGAUAAUAUUCAGAAAAAAGAGAUUUGUUUUUGUGUUUAAUUGGAAUUUCUCUAUUUUAUCUCUUAAAAAAUAUCUGCUACACUCGAUUCUAUUGGUAUGAAGCAAAAUGGUAAUCUAAAGCAUAUGCAACGCUUUAAUAUUUAGUAUUUACUAAAUACCUUAAAUCAUAAGAGAUUUCAUCAGACUUUAACAAUAAUCAAGAUAUCUAAAAGGAAUAAGAAAUAGAAGAAACUCCUGAUAUCAAUAACAUAAUGACUUCAGAUAUUGACUAACAAAUGUAUCUAUAUAGAACAUUUAUCCAGUCCAUAGUAGGGAUCGUGUCAGUUAUAACAGCAUUGAUAUUUAUAUAUAUCAAAAUUGGAAAAUACAUGCUUAAUGGACUCUAUGUCUUGAUAGCUGCGUUUAUAAUAAAUUUUAUUGCUGUCUAAAUUCUUCAUGUUUUCUAUGGAAAAUAAUUUAAAACAAAAGAUCAGAGAAUAUCUCUUUGUAAUGAUGUGAUUGAUGGGAUUAAAAGUAUUAAAUUUUUAGGCUGGGAAAAUAUUUUUAAAAAAAAGAUACAAAAUAUUCGCUCUAAAGAAUUUAGUUAUGUUUUAUACACAAAGAUCUUUGAUUAAGUCUAAGUGACUAUAUUUACUAUUUUAAGCUAUUUGAUGCUCUUCUUGUUUCUAACUAAUUAUGUAAAUGAUGGAGGCAGCUUAUCAGAUUCAAAUAUUUUUACUAUUAUAGCUUUAUAUGAUAUAAUGAAUAUGCCACUUACUUAUCUUCCAUGGAAUGUUGCUUCAUUUUAAAAAUUAAUUGUUUCUUAUAAGAGAAUUAACACUUUUUUAAAUCAAAAAGAAAUUAAUACUGAAAAUGUUAUCAAUGAAGAAUUUCAUCAUUUAGAUAAAAAUAAUGACAAAGAUUUUUUGAUUUAAUCAAAUUAAACUCCAAAAAUUGCUGUUCAAAUUAAAGAUAUGAAAUUUGUAUGGCCAGAAUAAGAAUGUGGAGCGAAUUCGAAUAAGCCUUGCAUAAGAAAAUUUGAGUUAAACAUAUCUGAAUUGAAAGCUAACAAAGGAGAGUUAGUUGUGAUUAUUGGCAAAAUAGGAUCAGGAAAAUCUGCUCUUUUGAAAGCAAUUUUGAAUGAAUUAAGUGGGACUAAUCUGUAAUCUGGAUAAGGUUCAUAAAACAAAAAUAACAAAAUAGUUCUUAAUGGAAAAAGGGCUUUUGUACCUUAAAAUCAUUGGUUGCAAAACAAAACUAUAAAAGAGAAUAUAUUGUUUGGGAGUGAAUAUGAACCUGAACGGUAUGAAGAAUGCAUAGAAGCAUGUGAUUUGAAAACGGAUUUUAAUUGCUUUAAUUAGAAAGAUGAGAAGCUAGUUGGACCAGGAGGUGCUAAUUUAAGUGGUGGAUAAAGAUAGAGAGUUGCUAUUUGCAGAGCUUUGUAUCAGAACAGAGACAUUUAUUUACUUGAUGAUAUUUUUAGCAGUUUAGAUGUUCAUGUAGCACACAAAGUAUUUUAAUCUGUUGUUAUGAAUGUUUUAGUUAAAAAGUAUAAGAAAACUGUGUUUUUAGUAACAAGCCAUUUUAGCAUUCUUUCACAAAGAUAAAAUAUUAACCAAAUUCUUUAUCUUGAAAAUGGAUCUUUGAUAAAAGAUAGUCUUGACAUUGAAAAAUUUAUUUAAAAUGGCUUAAAUAGAGAAUAAGAAGAGCAAAAAGUUAUCCAAUCUAAUAUUUCAAAUGAAAUUUAACUUAAAAAAGGAGCUUCUCAAGAAACCUAAAAAUAAGAAUUAGAAGAUAUUUCAAUUAACAUAAAUUAAAUAUCAAUUUUAAAAAAUGAAGUAAAAGAAAAUGAAACAAGUUAUCAAUAAGAGCAGAUAAGCUAAUAAGAUAACCAAAGUGGCAUUUUAAUUUUAAAAAAUGAGCCAGAAAAUACUCUAAAUGAAUAAGUAAGUGAAGAGAUAAAAGAAUAAAGUGUUUAAAAUGAAAACUAAGAAGAAAGAGAAACUGGAAAUGUCAAGCUAAAAACUUUUAGAGUUUAUUUUAAAUCUAUUGGAACGAUUUUGUUAAUAAUUUUACUGAUUUUGAACUAUUUAAUGUCUGGAACAUAAAUGCUAAUUGAUUUUUGGCUGAGAGAUUGUAUAUCGCCAUCAAUUCCAUUCUAUUAAUCUAUUAAUGAAAUUUUCAACUCGUUCUUUAAUACUUUUCUCUUUUUUAUUAUGCUCAAUAUUCUUGUUAAUGUUUUUAGAGCUUUAAUUUAUAGUGUCAGCUCUCUAAAAGGAAGCAAAAGGCUGUUUAAGCAAUUAAACAAAAGCAUUAUUUACAGUAAAAUGAGUUUUUUUGAUAAAAAUCCUGUUGGAAGAAUCAUCAACAGACUUUCUGAUGAUGUUACUGUGAUUGAUGAAUAGUUGCCUUGGAGCUUUGAUUACUUAAUUGGUUUGAUAGCAGCCACAGCAAACUACACAUUUGCAAUUUUGGUUCAAUUUCCUUGGCUGGCUAUUUUUGUGGUUUCCUCGAUAGUUUUGUUUUAUCUUGUUUAGAAAAUAUUUAGGACUCUAACUGUUGAGAUAAAAAGAUUACAUUCUGUCAAUUCUGGAAAACUACUUUCUACUUUAGGAGAAACUUCUAAAGGUUUAAUUUUGAUCAGAUCUUUUAAUAAAUAAAAAUACAUUAUGAAGGAAUUUUUAGAGAGAUUAAAUGAAAAUAUUAAUAGCAAUGUAAUUAAUUAGGCUUUGUAGAUUUGGAUGUCUAUUAGAUUAUUAUUUAUAAGCAAUUUGAUUUUUAUAUCUGUCGCUAUUACUCAUAUAAUGUUGCUAUUCUCAAAUUACGAAAUUGAAUAUACUACUGUAGCUAUGUGCAUUACAUAUUCUAUGCUAUUUUCAUAGCGUUUUACAGAAGUCGUUCGUUUCUUUUCUUAUGUCGAAAUAAAUAUUGUAUCUGUUGAGCGUAUUAGAUAAUAUUUUAAUAAUAAGUAAGAAGAUUUAGAAGAAAUUUAAAAUAGAGAAGAUAUUUAAAUGAAUUAACUACUAGAAAUUAAAAUUUAGGAAAUAAAACAUAUUUAAGAAGAUAGCUAGGAAAUAACUAAAAAAGUUUUAAAAGAUGAUAAUGUUGUUAUAGAAUUUGAAGAUGUAUGGCUAAGCUAUGACCAUGAUCUUAAUGAGAAUUAUGAUUCCUAGAAUUUAAAUAAGGAUAUCAGUUUUGCUUUGAAGGGCAUUUCAAUUUAAAUUAAAAAAGGAGAAAAAAUUGCGUUUUGUGGUAGAACAGGAUCUGGAAAAACUUCUAUAUUGAAUGUAUUGUUUAGAAUGUAUCCAAUAUAACAUGGUAGUAUAUUUUUCAAAGGAAAGAAAAUCUAAAGCUAUUCACUAAAAUCUCUUAGGUCUUAGAUGUCUGUGAUUCCAUAAUUUGGUUUUAUAUAUAAUGCUACUUUAAAAGAUAACAUUGAUCCUGAAGAUAAAAUAUGUACUGAAGAGAUUCAAGAAAAACUACAAAACACUAAUUUGAACAUCUAAAAACAUGAAAUUAAAAAAACCUAAAAGCAAGAAAGAUAGAGUUAAGAAGAAUUUUAAGAAGAAGAAAUGAAAUUUAUCAGCUCGUCAUAAUAAGAUGAAUUACCUAAAUAAAAUUAAAUAAACAUAGACUUUGAAAUUAAAGAAGGAGGAUCUAAUUUAUCAAAUGGUGAAAAAUAGAUCGUAAAUUUCUUUAGAAUUAUAAUGAGAGAAACUGAAAUAAUUUGUUUGGAUGAAGCCACUUCAAACAUGGAUCCAAAGACAGAUUAAGAGAUACAUAAAUAAAUUUUUCAAUUUGCUAGUGAUAAAACAUUAAUUGUGAUAACACACAGGUUAGAAAAUAUUGACUAAUUCGAUAGAGUAGCAGUACUUGAUGAAGGUAGAAUAGUUGAAUGUGGUAGAGUUACAGAUUUAAGAUAAAUUUAAGGAGGUUUCUUUAACAAACUAAUUAAUGAUAAAUAAAAAAGUUAAAAUAAAUGUUGACUUAAUUGAAAUAAUUUAUCAUUCUUGCUUAAUACAAGAAAUAAAUAAAUAAAAUUUAUAAAAAAUUAAUUGAUUUUAUAAAUAAAAAACGUAUAUCAUUUAUAUAUUUUAAUUGAACCUCUUUUUUAAUUUUGAUGAACCAUUUAUAUAAAAAUUAAAAACAAAUUAUUAAUUUUUU